CCUCCGCCGCGCAGGCGCAGUGUGGUUCCGGCGGCUCCGGCUCCUGGGCGCCCGGACAGUGGGUGGCAGGCGAGGUACGGUGCUGACGGGCCGCGGCGGCGGAUCCGAGCUGUGGCGGCAGCACGGAGGCGCAGGCUGUAUCCGAGGGGUCGGGGUCGGGCACCGCUAGUCCGGGGACGGCCCCUCCCGUGACGGUGCUGGUGAUGCGGCAGGACGAGGCCGCGGCGGACGGCGCGCUGAGGCCGAGCCCUGCGGGCAACGAGGCGGCGGCGGCGGGUGCGGACGCCGAGGACGAGGCGGGGGACGACGACGCCGACCUGCUGGACACGUCGGACCCCGCGGGCGGCGGCGAGAGUGCGGCCAGCCCCGAGGAGCUGGAGGACGACGGCGCCGAGGGCUGCGGCGCGGCGCGCAGGCGGGGCUCCAAGACCUGCACCUACGAGGGCUGCCGCGAGACCACCAGCCAGGUGGCCAAGCAGCGCAAGCCCUGGAUGUGCAAGAAGCACCGCAACAAGAUGUACAAGGACAAGUACAAGAAGAAGAAGAGCGACCAGGCGCUGGGCUCCGGCGGCCCCUCGGCGGCCAGCUCAGGCAGCGUCAAACUGGAGGAAAGCACAGACAACAUACUCUCCAUUGUCAAACAAAGACCAGGAUCUUUUGGGGAUCGCCCUGCAAGGCCUACUCUUUUAGAGCAAGUCUUAAAUCAGAAAAGACUGUCAUUACUAAGAAGUCCAGAAGUUGUCCAGUUUUUACAGAAACAGCAGCAGCUACUAAAUCAACAAGUUUUGGAGCAAAGACAGCAGCAGUUACCAGGAGGAGCAGUGUGAGGGCUUACGAACUCUGCUCUGCUUUUUCUUACUGUAAUGGAUGGACGUGUCUUAUAGUAAAGACAAUGUCCUGCUAAUCGGCUAUUGGUGGUGCACACCUGGAGUUCCUGCACUUGGAAGACUGAGCCAAGAGGCUCCCAAGUUCAAAGCCAGCCUGGGCUACAUAGCAAGUUCCUUUCUCAAAAAUGAGAUGGAGAGAAUCUUACAGAAAAAAAUAUUUUCCUUUAAAUGUGCAUGUGCAUUUAAGGAUAAAUAAGUAUUUCAUUUUUGCAUUUAAUACUUUCAUAUCACUUUAAGUUUGAAAAAAUAUCACCUUUACAUUUUUUAAUGUUUUUCUUCAGUUGUUCUUACUGAAGCUAAUGAGGCAAUUACUUUCUGUGGAAGUCAUAAAGUUAAUAGGAAUCUCAAAUUACUUAGCACCAUGAUUCUCAUGAAGAGGCACCUGGAAAGGAAUUAUGUGUUUUGGGUUAUCAUAAUUACCUUGAACAUAGUCAGGCUGUAGUGAGGGGCCAAGAAUUUUAACAUUCUGCAAUCUGUGAUAUUCCACCAGUUAAAUGUUACCUUGCCAUUAAUGCGCCUCUGCUGCGCUGAUGACCUGAGGUCAGCACAAGGUCAGGUCCUCAUAAUAAUUUUUCUCUAUAGUUAAACUGGAGCUGUGAAAACUAAGCAUGUUUAUACCUGUGAGAAAGGUGGUCACUGAUCUCUUCGUGUAGAGAGAGGCAUUGAUGUUGGUCCCUCCGUUGGCAGUGUCAUCUUUAAAGCAUGUCAUCUCCUCAGUUGAAUUUGUAAACACUUCAGGUAUACUCAGCCCAACAAGGCCAGGGCAGAAUUGUCUUACAGUCAUUCUUAAUGUUCUUCACAAAGGAGAUCCUGAAGAUAGAGUAACACUCAGCAUUUUGUCAGUGAUUUUCAAAAUGAACACUUUUUUCCAUGUACUGUUAAAGGAGUGAUGGAUUAUCUGAGUACAUUUUUGUACUUUAUCCUAGAAAAACUUUAAAAAGGCAAAAACACUGUAAGAUACUGAAUCAAAUGUCAAGAGAGUAUAUCCAUGAGUUACUUAAUAAAUGUGUCAAGGAAACUGCAGAAA